CUGUCAGUCAGCAAGGCUGCAUCAUUGCAACGACGCGUCGCCCUUUGUCUGGUCGCGUCUACACAAUCAAAUACACUCCUGACAGGUAACUUCUCAUCUACAAGUCAUUGUGCAAGUCGACAGCUGUUUCGCAGUUCUAGCAGAAAGCGAAGAGCCAACAUCAAUCCUCACUUCAGUAGUCAGCAUGAGCAACAAUGGCGAAGUAAAGGCCAGGUGCCUAUGCGGUCACUAUCAAUUGACCAUCUCUGUGCCUCAGGAACAACUCCCUCUAACAGCUUCUUUGUGUCAUUGCGACAGUUGUCGACACGGCUCCGGUACUCUGUAUAUGGGUGCAGCCUACGUCCCCGACGACUGCAUCAAGACUGUGCAAGACUCGUUAUCAGGACUCAAGGCUAGCGAAUGGUCAAGUCGUAGAACAUCGUACAUCUGCUCCACUUGUGGUAGCACCGUCCUUGGGAAGUUGGACGGUCGGCUUUGGAUACACACAGGUGCUCUCGAUCAGCUAGAGGACAACGUGAAGAUCCAACGUCAAAUUUACAUCAAGGAUACUCAAGACGGCGGCUUCAGCAACUGGCUCGAAGGGCUCCACACGAAGGUUCACGCUACUUUGAAUGAUACUCUGCCUGCAGACUGGCCGACAACUACUACGAAGCCGACUAAGGAGAAUGGUGAGCGACUGCACGUCCACUGUCUCUGCAAGGGUGUCAACUUCUGGAUUUCUCGUCCUUUGACGUCUUCCGCAAAGCCAGACAACUCUGAAUCUGAUGUCAACAGGCAGAACCCUGACCGCGGUGACUACGACAUGAAAAAUCCCUGGUGGCUCUGUGCAGACCGAACCAAGUUCCGCUCCAGCGUCUGCUCGUGCAACUCCUGCCGUCUUGCCAGCAGUUGCGACUUUGUGCAAUGGGCUUUUGUGCCGACGACUGACUUGAGUCUCUCCGUUGAUGGCAGUGUGCCUUUCUCCUACGACGCCGGUACGCUCAAAAGUUACCGUUCCUCGGACGUCGCAACGAGAUACUUCUGUAGUGACUGCGGUGCCAUGGUCUUCUGGAACGGAGAUGAAAGACCUGGUCUUGUUGAUGUGGCUGUGGGGCUGUUCGACGCAGAGGAGGGCUCGCUGGCACAAGACUGGCUUGAAUGGGCGACCAACAGGGUCAGCUACAAAUGCGAUGGUCUCGAUCGAGCUGAGACUUUGAUGACCCAUGUGGAGGUAGAGUUGCACAAGUGGGGCCAGCAACCUUCAACUUCAGGCACGCCCUUCAAGCCAGAGCACAUAUCAUAAGAAAGACUUGGAACAUGGUGGUUGGAAGCCUUGAAGACAGCUUGGACUGAAUGCUUCGCGAUAUUACAUAUGACGUCUCCAAGUGUUUAACAUUGUGACUUCGACCCACCUUUGUCAUAGAUAGUCCUGGUGGCAUGAGAGUCCGCGACGAGGUCAGGUUCUCAGCCAACAUCACUCAGCUUGGAGAACAUAUUGUGCUUUGAUCCCGUUAGCUACGCGCGACAGUGUCGGCGUGUUGAGAUCAAGCAAAAAUCAUAUCUUGCUUACAGACAAGCCA